CACAAGUAGCGACUCAAAUCGUCUUAGACCUGAUCGAGAGAGCUUACUGGGAAUAACCUGACAGGAAGAGAUAGCGGAGCAAAAUGGAUAUUUAAUUUUUAUGCAUUUUUUGUUUAACUUUUCUAACCCUAUUACGCUUAAUCUGAUUUUUUGUUGUUGUUCCAACCUACUCUAAAUAGCUUCAACAGGAUUUAGGCCUUAACUCGUGUAGGCUAUUUGGUGUUUUGAUAAGACGCACCUGUGUGCCACGACCACUGGAGGGACACGCACACAGGAAAGAAAGACAGUGGGCAUAUUUUCUCCAAAAAUCCAAUAAUCUUAUAUUUCUAAUAACGAUCUAAUAGGCGACUACAUUUGGGGGAAGUAGGACCUGACUUUUAAUACAAGGACUUGUUUGGGUGCAGUUGAGGAGCGCACCACUACCGCACUGUGGCACAAAGUCCCCCAAAAACUGAGAGAAAAAUAAAACCUCGACAUCUCUACUCCUGCCGUGUGAAGUGUGGACGUUGUAGGGACUGUUAACAGGCACUGCAUUAAUAGCAGCUGUCAAACUCAUGGUAUCCUCCUGCCCCCCGGGCGCCUGGGAGCUCUGCUGAAGUCUCCACUGCGCAUGUGCGAGCGCUGGACAGCUCCAGAGAGGGAAAUUUAAAAACGGUUUUUUGAGAAUCAAGUGCAACACAGUGAAAUACAGUACAGGGGCUCCGACCAGCUCACACUUUCUUCAAUAUCAUCCAAAACAGUGGUACCACAUAUCCCAGGAAAUGAUAGAAGGUGGAAUAACAUCCAUGAUGUCAGGAAUCAUUGAGAAUGCGGGGCAUCAUCCGUCUCCACAGGACUACAGGCUUCUGACCACGGACCCCUCCCAGCUUAGGGAGGAGGACCUCCCUGGGGACCUGCAGUCUCUGUCAUGGCUCACCUCAGUGGAUGUGCCCCGGCUCCAGCAGAUGGCUGAUAGCAGAGGCCUCAGUAACGGCCCCCCCCAGGGCAGCCUGUUGGAGCAACAGACAGCUCAACUGAGCAACAUGACUGCGAUGACGGCGGGUCAAGGCUCCAUGCUGCACCUCCAGAGCAACAUGCAGCACAGCCCUCUGGGAAUCAGCAUCAUCAACACCCACAGCGGAAGUAUGUCUCCAUUCUCCAUGACUGGGAUGCCCUCUCCGGGAUACCAGUGCCCUACCUCAGUCUACCAGUCUGCCCCCCAGCAGGUGUACUCUCUUACCCAAACCGGACAACAGUGUUCAACUGGUGGGCUUUAUAGCAAUGUCUCUUUCAACAACCAAAGUCUUUUCACACAACCUCGUCUGGCUCCACAAGACCAGGAGCUGCAGCCCAAGUCUUUCCCCAAGCCAAUCUAUUCCUACAGCUGUUUGAUUGCCAUGGCUCUGAAGAACAGCAAAACUGGCAGCCUCCCAGUCAGUGAGAUCUAUAGCUUUAUGAAGGAUCACUUCCCUUAUUUCAAGAUUGCACCUGAUGGAUGGAAGAACUCAGUCAGACACAACCUGUCCUUAAACAAAUGCUUCGAGAAAGUGGAGAACAAGACGAGCAGCUCCUCCCGUAAGGGCUGUCUGUGGGCGCUGAACCCUGCCAAAAUUGACAAGAUGGAGGAAGAGAUGCAGAAGUGGAAACGCAAGGACCUUCCAGCCAUCCGCCGCAGCAUGGCUAACCCUGAUGAGUUGGACAAACUGAUCACAGACCGCCCAGAGAACUGCAGGCGUAAGGCUUUAGAGGCCGGCAUGACCCGCCUCCCCAGCUGUCCCUCCGGCCUCCCGCUGUCCGUCCCGUCCCAGAUGCAGCCUCAGCCGAUUGUCACGCUGUCCCUGCCCUGUUUACCCAUGCACCAGCACCACCAGCUCCAGGCCCAGCUCCACGCUCAGGCCCGCCUCGCCCCCAUGUCCCCAGCCCCGGCCCAGACACCCCCCCUCCACACCGUCCCUGACCUCUGCCACAGUCCACUCACCCAGCACUCCAACAAGCAGCAUGAAGACUUCUACAUCGUGCACGGUGAUACGCACACAGAGGUGGACGCACUGGACCCCAGCAUCAUGGACUUUGCCCUUCAAGGUAAUCUGUGGGAGGAAAUGAAGGACGACAGCUUUAACCUGGAUGCUUUGGGCACCUUCAGUAACUCGCCCCUCCGACUAUCAGACUGUGACUUGGGAACAGCCCACCUGACUCCCAUGUCCAACGGAGCAAACCUGCCGCUGUCAGAUGUGCAAGUGACGGGUCUCUACACCGCCUACACCACCCAGGAUCACCUGGCCUCCCAGUAUAUGGGUGCACAGGCCAACAACAAGCCCAUCGCCCUGUUAUGAAGCAGCUGAACUGUGUCAAACAGAGUCAACCUGAUUUAUUCAACCGUCUUUGGAUAUCUGUGGAAGCCAACUGAGGUCAAAAUCUGAAUGAUUUUGUGCUCCUACAAAUCAAACUGCUUUCCUACAGUCAGCCGGGAACUACUUCACAAAUCAUUUCACAUAAAGCCCACAAGUGCUCACUAAGAACUAAAACUGCUGAUAAAUUAAGAGAAGAAGAUUAAGAAGAAAGAAAAUAUGUAAGAUUUAAGAAACCUAGCUUUGCCGAGCGAAGACUCAAAGCUUGCAUGAGUACAAAGACUAUGUGGAGAUGUACGCUUUAGCGUCCUCAAGUUUUUCUUUCUGCGUUGUAAAGCCCUAACAUACUGUAGAUUCCCGUCUCUUGUCUGUUGUAUUGUGCUAGACAUUAUUGCUGUGAUGUUUUAUUUAUAUUUAUGAAAAGGCAGCUGGAGAAGGUGAUGACUCUAGCAAUCUUUUGCUGUAUAUAUUUGAAUGUUUCAAAUUGCUAUCGCCACAGAAAAGCUUUCUUUUGACUGAGUUUACCCACUUCAUUCCAAAAUGCCAUUGUGUGCCAACAUUUUGAGUAAUCCAGAUUUUACACAUUAUUAUUUUACACAAUGUGAAUAACAUGUCUCAAAGUCAGAUGUAUAUUAUGUUCAUUAACUUGAUCAUAAUAAAAAUCAAAUGGGGAAUAAAAUAAGUUUGUUUUGCCAAAAAUAUAUGAAUGACAUUUAUUAACAAACAGUCUUUAGUAUAUCACACAGAAGAGAGAAUUCAUAUACAUUCAGAUGAAAUGUCAAGGCUGAUAUUUUGAUCAGAGGUGAGCUAAAUUAAGCCAUCACUUGAGGGCCCAUUUUUGAAAUUAAUGUACAACCUGAGUCUUGAGAAUUACUGCAUUAUAUCAGAGAAACACCAACAAAUGAAAGCAAAGUUCAUAAUUAUAACAUGCAAUGUCGCAGUAACUCCUAACAUUCAUAUCAUAAUCUUAGCACACACAACACUACAGCAUAAAUACAAAUAAACAGACU